GUCGCGAGCAUGGAGUGGCACACUGUGGACAUCGCCGCGCUCGUCUCAUUCGUCGUCAUCCUCACGCUCGCCGUCCGGCGCGCGCUUUCGCAGAAUGCAUUCCCCCCAGGUCCGAAGCCCGUCCCCCUCUUCGGGAACCUCUUCCAGCUUUCGCAGCAGCAGGAGUGGCUGCAGUUCACAAGCUGGGGUCAGAUAUACGGGGAUGUCGUGACUAUGCGCAUAUUCAACAAGCCAAUUAUCCUCCUCAACUCCGCGCAGGCCAUCGUCGACCUCUUUGAAGCGCGCUCCGCCAUCUACUCAAACAGACCUCACCUGACCAUGGCCGCCGACCUGAUGGGCUGGGGCGAGACAGUCGUACUCAUGCCGUACAACGAACGGUUCAAGAACUACCGGCGCCUCCUCAAAGUCGGCCUAAACACGCAGGUUACGCGCGAGUACUGGCCGCUCAUGGAGAAGGAGAUCGCGCGCGAGCUCGUCUGGCUGCUGGACACCCCCGAUGCCUACGUGCAGCACUUCCGGAGGACCGCAGGGACUGUCGCGCUGAAGAUCGCGUACGGGUACCAGAACGAGAACAACGAGUUCAAGCAGAUCGUUAAGGACACGGAGGACGCGCUGCGCAUGUUCGCGAUUGCCGCGCUCCCCGGCGUCUUUCUCGUUGACACACUGCCAUUCCUGCGCUUCCUUCCACCGUGGUUCCCUGGGGCGGGCUUCAGGAAGCUGGGUAUGCGCACGCAGAAGCUCAUCAAGGCCAUGAUCGACACGCCCUUUGGUAUGGUCAAACGCCAAGUGGACGCGGGUACCGCGCCACGCUCGUUCACCUCAGACUUAUUGAACGAGCCCCCAGAAGAGCGCAGCACAGACGAAGAUAUCAAGUGGGUCGCCGCGGGGCUCUACGCCGGCCAGUCGGACACCACCGUCGCGGCACUCUCCACGUUCUUGCUCUGCAUGAUGCUCUUCCCAGAUGUCCAGAGGAAGGCUCAGUGGGAGAUCGAUGCGGUCGUUGGGGGCGACCGCCUCCCGCGCAUCGAGGACCGCGACCAGCUGCCGUAUGUCGGCGCGGUCCUCAAAGAGGUCCUCCGCUGGCGUCCCGUCGUGCCCAUGGUCUCGCACUCCGUGACGCAGGACGACGUGUACCGCAACUGGCAUAUCCCUGCGGGCACCGCGCUCGUCGCGAACAUCUGGGCGGCGCUGCACGACCCCACCCGAUACAACGACCCAGGCACCUUCCGCCCCGAGCGCUUCUUGCCGCCCGAGAACGCCCCAGACAGCGCGGGCUUCGCGUUCGGAUUCGGGCGGCGCGCGUGUCCGGGAGAGGCCGUGGCGCACGCGUCGCUGUUCUGCACGCUCGCGAGCAUUCUGGCUGUGUUCGACGUCGCGAUGCCCGUUGGGGAGGACGGGGAGCCGGUGAGGCCGAAGAUGCUGUGGUCGUCCGGGGUGACCAGCCACCCGGCGCCGUUUCAGGUGAAGAUCACGGCGCGCUCGCCCACAACAGUUGAGCUUAUCAACAGGGCGCGGGAUGAUGUGCAGUGAGGGAGACUGUUGAGGGAUGUUGUAUCCGUGCUGCAUGUUUCAGCGUUGCUCCUGCGGCAUAUACCUUGGACUCAGUACAUACUGUUCUGAAGAUUUGACUGCUCUGUUGUAUUGUACAAAUCGUGUCUCAUACAUUGUAUGUAUUUUCCGG